CCGAGCGCCUCUGCUGGGGUCCGGGGCUCCGGGGCGCGAUGAGCGGCGCCUGCACCAGCUACGUGAGCGCCGAGCAGGAGGUGGUGAGGGGCUUCAGCUGCCCACGGCCGGGGGGCUCCGCGGCCGCCGUCUUCUGCUGCGGCUUCAGAGACCACAAGUACUGCUGCGACGACCCGCACAGCUUCUUCCCCUACGAGCACAGCUACAUGUGGUGGCUCAGCAUUGGUGCCCUGGUAGGCCUGUCCAUCGCGGCAGUGGUCCUCCUGGCCUUCAUUGUCACCGCCUGUGUGCUUUGUUACCUGUUUAUCAGCUCAAAGCCACACACAAAGCUGGACCCAGGGUUAAGCUUACAGACUACAGGCCCUGAGGAGACAUCCCCUGACUGCCAGGUUGGGAAGAUGGACAAUUUGGUGGAGGUACCAGGAGUGAGAUCUCUUGGGCAGCCUUUCCCCUUCUUGAAUCCACACGUGGACUGCCAAGAGGAACUGACUGUGACCCCCAGUCCCUUCUUCAAGCACUGCUUCAUGGCCACAGUGACCACCAGCAGCAUUCCUGGCAGCCCUGAGGAGACACCCGUCCCUGAUCCAGACUCUCAUGUACCAGCUCCAUAAAUGGCCAAUAAAU